AAGUUGCGAUCGUUAUUUUGGAGCCAGCAUGUGCACCAACAUAGUCUACGAGUGGCUGAAGACCCUGCAGCUCCCCCAGUACGCAGAGUCCUUCGUCGAUAAUGGCUACGACGACCUGGAGGUCUGCAAGCAGAUCGGCGACCCGGACCUGGAUGCCAUCGGCGUGGCCGUGCCCCACCACCGGCGCCGAAUCCACGAAGCCGUGCGGCGGCUGAAGGAGGCGGACGAAAGGGCGGCGGGGCUCUACUUCACCCUGGAGCCGCCGCCGCCGCCCCCCGUCUCCGCCGGGCGCUGCCCCCGCCGGGCGGGGGGGCCGGAGGAGCCGCGGCGGGGGGCGGCCCCCAGGGCCCGGCCCGGCGGGCGGCGGGGGGCGGCCGGUGGCGGAGGGCUGGUCGCCUACCCCAGGCUGAAGCUGAAGAUCAUGAUCCGGGACAAGCUCGUCCGCGACGGCAUCAACCUGAGUAAACCGCCCUACUCCAACAAGGUAAGAGGGUCCCCGCCGGCCGCCGCCCCAGGAGGAGCCGUGACUGUCGGGUGUGGAGGAGUAGCGGGGCGGCUGGGCUGGAGAUGGGGGGUCCAGCACAGCCUGGUCCCGCCUCUGCCAUGUACCGGUGCUAAGUUUCUACAGUUUUGCCAAUGGCGUUUUGGAGGGGAAUAUGGUAGAGAUUGA